AUUCGAAUUUCAGGAAUUGUACACUGGGUACCGCCUGUUUUAACUUGUUGAGCCGCUUCAAUGUGAUUUGUCCUGGUACUACAAACUUGUCUGUCAUUUAGGCCCUUAAUAUAUGGAUGAUUCGGAAGAGGAUCCCGAUCUUCUAAACGAAGAGACAUUCGAUUGUGCAGAGAUAGGUGACUGGGAGAAUGAGCAUGAUCAAUUUGUGCAAAAUUUUCACAAAGUUUCCGAAGAAUCUCCAACUGCUGAUGAACUACCAAAGUUCUGGAAUGACUCUGAUGGUCUUUCAUUUUUAUGGCAAACGGAUGAUCUCGGUUGUGGUGUGAUUGCGGAUGAUGGGGGCGAAAAGGUUGUCGAUGUCGAGGAAACACUUCAAAAGCUAGUAUCAGAUGAGACCUUUGAGGAUCCUGCAAUCCUAGAUAUAUCCAGGAAGGUUUCUUACCAACAGCUCAACGAAGACUCCUUUCAGCAUCUGAGAAACGCACCUGCAUAUCCUACUGCUCCCACUGACAUCUUUGAUAGGACUCGUGACAUCUGGAGCAUUGAAGGUAGUUAUGAGACUAGAUAUGGAAGCGGUAAGGCCAGCAUAGCGUCUGAUUGUAAUAUGAAAUCGAAAAACGUGAUCGAUGUACUCCGAUCAUUAAAUGUUUGCCAUCCCUCAGCUUCCAAGACUGUAUCUACACCAUCUGAAGCUUCUACAGAAGAUUGCUUGCCAGGUAAGCAUGCUACAGAGUCACAAAUCAGGGGAGUUGAUACUGAAUUGUACUCCAAAGCUUCUCGAUCUCCAGGAAACCUUCAAAAUAUUGUACCAGUUAGUCAGCACAAAGUGUAUCCUAACCCUGUAUUCUCUCCUGGGAAUCGCAUCUGUCAGUCACAAACGAUCCAAAAUUCUCUCUCUGUCAAUCAGAAUGGAAUACAUCCCAAUCAUUUACGCACCAACCCUUUUUCACUGGAUAUUUUGAAGGGACAGUUGCAUACUGAUGUCAGUGUUUUCCCCACGUUACCGGCAGUGCAGUCUGUAUUUAAAAAUAUACAUCCCUCAAAGUGGGAUUACUCACAAAUUCAUGGUUUGGCAUUGGUGCGAAAUCAGUGCAUUCUUCAACAAAACCCACCUGUCGUUUCACCUGUUUCCUCAAGUCAGCACAAUCCUUUUAUUUCAUCUCCGAGCGUUCGUGGAUUAAUGUUACCAAAUAUCCAACCCAAUGAUUUAUCGCUUUCCUCAUACCUUUCACGUUUUCCUGUUCAACCAACAAAUGCCGAGUCUAAGCAGUCUGUUAGUCUGUCAUCAACUAUUAUACCGUGUUCAAAACAACCAUCAGGAUUCGUCGCUUCACUCGAGGAAGUGUCCAUAGUUAAAGAAAGCGACCCAAACCGUGGUGGUUGGAUGACAGAUUAUGAAGCAAUUGGUGUGUUGUUAAUUCAGUUGCGUCCUUUAAUGGUAUCUAAUCCCUAUGUCCAGGAUUAUUAUUUUGCAUCUCAAUGGCUGCGACGAAUGAAUGCUAUUCAAGCUAAGCAUAUUUCAAAACAUAAAAUGAACACUACAACUUCACCAGCAAUAGUGCAGCUUCCUAUUCCUAUACCAUUGGAAAGCUUGAGCGAUUCCAAUUCAUCCUAUCAAGUAACUCUAAAACAUAAACUUGUUAUUCCGUUUCGUGUUGUGAAUCGCAAUCCUGGCUCUGACCAAAAUGUGGAUGAAAGCUGUGGUAGCUUAGAAAAAAAAAGUGUAUGUUCAGAAACUCCUACAUCUGAAUCAAGUAAUGCACUGGGUCGUCCUACUAGAUCUAAUGUUCAUCGACCCCGUGUAGUAGCAGAGUUAUCUCUGGCGUCCGCGAUUUCAUCUAUUUCAGAAAACACUUAUCCAAUGAUACACAUCGAUAACCACUCACUGAAUAGAAAAGUUGAUGAUGAGGAUUAUAUUCCUGCUCGUGCUGAGUCAUCUGAUGUGAAGUGCAAUCGUCGUCGUUUGCUUAUUCUUGCUCAAAUCGAACGUAUGUUUUCAAUAUUAUUGAUCUUAGAUGAAGUUUCCUUAUCUCUUAAAAGAGUUGUUGUUCAAAAUGACGCACGUUCUCGACUGUUAGAUUAUCAACAAGAAUUGAUUAAUCAACUAAUCAGCGAACUACUCCAAUCAUCAUCGAUAACAAGUGGAACAACAUCUAAAGAAGAAUUUUUCAAAUCAGUUGAGAAUGGUCUGUUUUCAUUACCGGAAAAUUUUUUUUCUAUCCAUAAGGGAAUGCGUCUAUGGUGUUUAACACUACAUCAUCUACCGACAAAAAUUCAAACCAAUUAUUUGUCAAAAUUUAUUCAUGAUUUCCUUCGACUUCGUCAGCUUUGGCCAACUACAAUGAAUGAAGCUGCUUCCAUAUUCUAUCCUCAUUUACGUGAAAUUAUAUAUCAAUUGAAACAUAUUAACGAUUUCUUGAGGCUAUGCUUUCCUGAUGCAUUAAAAAUGAAUUAUGAUUCACAGUUAACUAUUCCGAUAACUGAUAAUCUGAAAUCUCUUUUAUCAUGUAAACUUGGCUUAUCUUUGAUAUUUUGUUUGCUCGACGCAUGUGCUCGUGCCUCCAACCCCACUGAUCCAUCAGAUUUUAUCCAAUUUGGAGCGUAUUUUAGUUAUGCCAAUUCAUUUAUUGAUCGUACUUUCAUUAACAAUACCACUGAUGAAUGCGAUUACGUUAUGGAGUCAUUUCCACAUUUAGCUUCCAUUCUAUUGUUGUAUAUUAAACCAUCGAAAUAUGGUCUGUUAACUAAUGAUCAUUUGAACACAUUUUGUGAUUUAGCAACCAAAACCAUUAAAACAUCAAAUAAUGAUAUUACUACUACUACUAGUAAUAAUAACAAUAUGAAUAUGAAUCAGCAACUAUCAACUGGGAUCAUUGAUUCACCUACUGCUAUCCAUACUUCAGUUUCAUCGCUAUCAUCGUCAAGUUUGACACAAUGUUGUACCACAGUGAGUAACUCACACAACUCUACCUUGAGUAAUCAUUAUCAUGCUACUCAACAACAACACCUUACUAUGGAUAAUUCAGCACAGUCAACGAAUUCACAAAGUUCUGAAAAUGUUGUAUCAAAUAUUGCAAAAAAUUCCGAUGAUCUAUCUGUAUCAGUAGUUGUUGGUUAGUAGUUAGUAUUAGUAGUAGGUUCAUAUCUAAUAAAUACAAAUAUAGAAUUUAGUAAGCAGGAGAAAGAGGAAAAUGCAAAAACCUGUUUUGUUUUCAGUUAAGUAAGUUUUUUGUUCUUGUGUAUUUGUUUGUUAUUUGUAGUUUUUUUUCUCUUUUUAUGUUCAAUUUUGUUUGAAUUCAAUCCUGAUCAUUCUUGAAUCUACUUGGGAUUUCUAUAUAUAGUGAAUCCGUCUGUCCAUAUAUUAGUCCUAUUCUACUAUCAUGUGACUUAUAACUCUUCACUAUUAGGUUCCGAAAUAUAUUGGAUUUUAUAAAUUUUUCUUUCUUGUACAAUAUCUCCCCAUCAAUGCAUGCUGUAUCUCCGAAACAGGCCCACACAGAUCCAUGCAUAUUGAUCUACUUAAAUUUAAUUGGUCAAUAUAGAGAACCGGCACUAUUUACACUUCGUAUAUCUGGAGAAUUGAUUUCUACCCCUCUUGGUCUUUCUGGUGUAGGUAUAACACUAAGUUCGAAAGAGAAACAGGCUCUUCUAGACUGAAUACUGAUAGACAGUCACCUAUGUGUUGUCCGACUAAAUGAGAAAAUAGGAACACUGAAAGAUAAUAGCAUGCACCGUUUUUUUCUGUGCCUGUGCUCCCGCUGACCGCGAUUUGGAUGAACUAAAGGAUGAGUUCUAUAGAAAGCCUUCUACACUCCUACAAAAAGCUAAACGCUUGGAUGUCGUAAUCUCAGCACGAGACUUAAAAACCAAAGUGGAAGACACGUAGGUGGACCUUGCAGAGUCCGAACAUAAUCAGGAACAAAGGCAAUUUAAACAUAGAUUGAUAGAGUCUACUUAAUGAUCGCAGACAUUGGCGGAAAGCUAUGUAAAAUUUGGGAGCGACAGACAAUGGUAGACAACUUUUGUACUUAUCAAAGAAACAGCUACUCAGUAUGUAGAAGUUGGUGGGAAUAUUUUAGAAAAAGAUAGGACAAUGAUCCACCUUUAACACUGGAGACUGGAACAAUGAGUAAAAUACUGCGCAGAACAGUUUAAUUGCUUUCCGCCUACCCUUUGUUUGCUCAGCUUUUCUAUGCAGCCCGAUAUCCAAAUAAAACCUCCCAACUCUUAUAGAAGUAAAAAAAAGCCAUAACUGAUGUAAAAUGAAGGAGAGCAACAGGCCUUCAUGAAAUAACCGCUCAAAUCUUUAAGGACAGUGGUUCAGUUUUAGCUUUUAGGUUGACUGAGAUCUCAGUUGGAGUCCUGAAACUGGACGUAAUCCCACCUGAAUGAUUUCGAUCGCCGACUGUUCCGGUUCAUAAGAAAGUACAAAAAUGCAUCCAGUUCAAAUUACAUAGUUUUUAAAAUUUUAGCCUCAAUAGUCAUCUAACACCUGAUUAAGACCCAUAAAGAGUAAACUCGGGAAAAUCAGUCUGGUUUUAGAACUUAAUGAACAUUUGUAGACCAAAUAUUAGCUUUUCGCCCACUUCUGUAGCACGCCUACGUACUGACUCCCAACAAUAGUUGGCUUUCUCUCUAAGGUAGCAUUUGAUUCUCCAGAUCGAUAGGUUAUAUGGCAAGUAUUUGUCCACUGAUAAGGCAUAACAAAGAAAUACAUCAAUCAUGUACAGGCUUUCUACUCAAACAUCACUGGCUGAGUAAGAGCGUGUGGUUAACUGUCACUGGAGUUAAAAAGUCCAAGUUUUGUUUGCCAGCGUGAUCUGCUCCCUUUGUUUUUUAUUUAACUCGAGUGUCCGUGAAGGAGACUAGUUGUAUUCUGUUUUUCCCUCUCUCACUAACUUUUGUAAGUAGAACAGUUGCUGAUGACGGUCCCUGUGUGAACAAAGUACAUAUGAUUUAAUGGAGUAUAUAUAAAUUACAAUGAUUAGAAUUUAUAAAUCGAGUAUUUAUGAAGGUAGACAAAUUUUAGUAAAAAUGUAUUGGAAGUUCAUUAGUUUACACUGAAUAAUUCAGUGAAGCAGUAAUUCAUUUUAAUCGAUAUUGAUUUACUUUUUCAUGAGUAGCAUUUAGAGAUAGCUCACUGCCAACACUUUCCGUAACGAUGAGACAAUCGUUAGUGGGGUUGUUUUUCUGAUUGGAAUGUAUCUUCCGCCCUUCAAAAAUGCUAUUGUUGUUUAUUUAACUUCUGUGAGAGUAACUAUGACGUUGCAGCCUUAUGAUCUUGUAUCACUGUUCUUCAACCGCUCUGCUCACAAUAUUACUUUACUGAAAACACUGCAUUGUGUCAUAAAAUGUCCUACUCUUGUACGCUAGCCCAACUGAAUAAUUGAGUGAGAAGAAAGCUAUUUAUUAUCCACCUGAAUCGAGAAGUACCAUUCUCCGCUUUUCAAUAAUUUUCUAUAUAAUAUUUAUUUGUGAUAAACAUCGUCAUAUUCACAUAUCACAAUUACAUAAUUUUUUGUAAUGUAUUUUCACAUUUUAAUAUGAUUAAUUUUAGUUUUUUCAUUAUAAUACUGUGUUAUAUUCUAUCUCCAGCUUUCGUUUAUUGACCAUUGGAACAUUGAGCAAUUGAAUGGAUCAUGUGUUGUUAAAGACGUGGUUUUCUCAUUUGUUUUUCUUUAAAAUUUUAAGUUUAAUUAUUUUGAUCUUCCAUAAGAAAAUCACAUCGCAAUAAAGAGUGGAGAACAACUUUUUUUUUCAUUAUAUUGAACUAGACAUUGCGAUUGUAGAAUUCUUCUCGACAUUUGAUCAUCGUGCUAUGAUUAUAUAAUUUGGUGAUGAUUCAUCAUGAGAUUUUUGUCAUUAAAAUGAAUUGUUUAACCUUAUAAAAGUGUAUUUCAUACAAUCAAGUAAAAUAUAUUUACAUAUGUUUACCCAUUUGUUCGAAUGCAAUUUAUUAUAUGCAUCUCUAUCAUAUAUAUAUAUCUGUGUGUUUAUGGAAACUAUUGUUAUUAUUCUGUUAAAUUUAAACUCCACAACCGAUCAUGCAAUAACUAGAUCAUCCUUGGGUUCUCCUUUCUUUUUGGUAUUUCAUAAAUUGUCUUAUUCCUAUCGACAUUGAAAUAAAAUAACAGGUGUAUAAUUUAUUUUUAAAAACUCCAAUGUAUAAAACUUUUACAUCAUCACCGUUCUCUUUUAGUCGUUUCUUUUCUCCUACAUACUCGUGCUUCUCUUGCCUGGCUUUUUCUUUUCCGUUUCGCUGAUGCCAUUAGUAAAGUUUGCAUAUCUUUUUGUUGCUUGACACCGAAAUCCCCACCAUAUAUUUUUUUUCUUUUCAAUAAUUGUGAAAUAACCUUUUGAAUAAGAAGAAUGGAGAU